AUGGCGGACUUGAAUGAUUUAGGAGAUCUUAAAGGCCAUAUGGCUAUCUUACUUUUAUAAAAUUUCCUUGAGAGGGGAAAGAUUACUAAAGAAGUUCAUGAUGCUAUGAAAGAAAAGUUUGAAUUUUUGCAUAACUCUGUGGUUAAUUCGUUUAAAAAUUAAAAGCAGCUUCCUGUAAGAUAAAAGAAACUCUAAGUAGAGUUGAAAGGAAAGAAAGAAUAAUUAGAUGAAUAAUAAAGGCGUUAAGAAGAACUAGAGUAAUAAGUGAAAGCAAUUUAAGCAGAAUUAAAAAAAUUUGAAGCUGAAGUUGAGAUGCAUAUAAAGGUUAUUGAUUCAAUGUAAAAUGAGCAAGAUAAAAUUUAGUCAAGUCUUUUUGAAAAGGAAAUGAGUAUAUAAGAAGAAGAAAAAUACAUUAGGUCUAAAAUUCAGGGAGAAGAAGAUUCCCUAAAAACUUAAAUUGAUAGGCUUAAGGAGGAACUAAAUAAGAGGUAGAAUACAAUAGAAUUUGAAACAAAACAUUUGAAUGAACAAAAAUUGCGUAUAGAAGUUUUGAAGAAAGAAAAUGAAGAGAUUUUAAAUGAAAUUUCUAAUAAAUAAAAUAUUAUUUUACAGAUUAAAGAUGAACCAGAUCGAUUUUAAAAAAAAGCAGAUAUGCUACUUUCAGCUUGUAAUUUAAUGGAGCAUGAUUUAGCUGAAAUAAUGGAGGAGAUAAGCAAAAGGAAUAAAACUAUAUAAGAGUUGUAAGAGAGGAUACAAAAAUACUAAGAAAAAUAUAAUGAAAUAAUAUAAAAAAAUCAAGAAGAUCAGUAGAAAAUUUAAGAAGAUAAAAAAUCUAUUAAGACACUUAUGGAUUAAGUGAAAGAAAAUAGACUAGUAUUAGAAGAGAAGCUUUCUGAGAGGUAUAAAUUAUCGAUGGAAAUAAAGGUUAAAAAGAAAGAAAAAUAGAACAGAGAAGAUUUGAUAGAUACUUUGAAAAAUUAAAUAGAAUUAUCAAAAAAACUACUCAAAAAGCAAGAACAUAUUAAAAAGAAGUUAAAAGACUCCAUAUUUGAAUAAGAAAUGUCUAUAGAUAAAUACGUUAAAUAGGCCUAGUUUAUACUCACUGAAAUUAAGAAUUAAGAAUCAGUUAAUGGAGAACUUAUAGAUGAAAAUAAACUAACAGAAUUUAAGGCCAGAUAGAUUAUGGGUAAAACAAAUGAAAAAGAUUCAUAAAAAGAACAAAUUGCGAAAUAGAUUGUAGAAUUGGAAUAGUAAUUAACAUAAUAAUAGUAAUUUGAAAUGGCAGCAAAUAAAAAAAUUAAAACCUUGACAAAUAUGAGAGAAUCUAUGGCUAGAAAAGCUUCUUAAGCUAUGUCAGAGGUGAGGGAAACAAGAGAAGAACUUAAAAUAAAAGAGCUAAGCAUUUUAGAUUUAAUAAAAAGACAUUAAGAAACAGAAUUCAAUUUAAAUGCAGUUAAGGCACUUUAUGAGGAAGCUAAAUCUGCAAGAAAUAAAUAUGUUAAUAUGAUUUAAAAUAGCUCUUAGGAUCUUGCAGAGUUAAAAGAAAAAAUUAAAAUUUCCUAAAAUGAAUUAGAAAUAUUAAAGAAUGAAGCUUUUGAAAAGAGUUAGAGUCUAAUAUAGUAUAGUCAUACUCUACAGCUGCAGAUAAACUUAAGAGAUAGAGAAAAUACUCACUUGAAUAAACUAGAGUUUCAAAGAGUGUAAAAAAAAAAAAUAGUAGAUUAAAAUGUUAAUGAAAUAGAAAAACUAAAUGUCACAAUUCAAAUUUUGGAAAAAGAUAUGACUUAACUAAGAAAGAAGUAUGAAUCUGCUUAAGAGAGUAGAAAUUAUACAGGAGUAUAGCUUAUAGAUAAGAACGAUGAGCUAUGCGUUUUGUACGAAAAAUCUAACAUUUAAGAAAAAAUUCUUAAAUAAGGAGAGUUCGAAAUUAAAGACAUUGAAGACUAGUAAAGAAUGCUUUAAAUAGAAAUAGAUGAAAAAAAAAGGUAAAUAGAGAUCUCACUAAAACAAAUAGAUACCGUUCCAAGAUUAGCAUCAGAUGUAUUAUCUUUAAAGCAAGAAUUAAAUAUGUAAAAAGAAAGGUAUUAUGAGCUAUCGGAUAAACUAGAAGACCCAACCAAUAAAGAUAGGUGGAGAGAGUUAGGAGGUGAAGACCCUGAUAAAGAGUCUUUAGAUGCAAGGAUUAAAGUGUUUGAAGAGAGAUUGAAUAAAAAGAAAGAGGAAUUACUUGAAAAAGAACUUAUACUUGAAGAAAUAAAUAAUUUAAGUGAUAAACUUCGUUCAGAAGCUUUAGAUGGACGUUAAGUAACAUUAGAAGUGACAGAAAGGUUGAACGAAUUUUAAUUUAGACUAAAAAAGAUAACAAGAUAGAUGAUGGCUACAAUAUCGGAGUUAUCUAUGUAUUAAGCCAUCGUGAUCAAAUUAUAGAAAGAAAGAGAAGAGUUGCAAGAAUAGCAUGAAAUCUCUAAACUAAGGGUAUAAGAUGGAAAACCUCCAACUUUAGAAUCAGAAUUAGAAUAUUAAAAGAUGCUUAGAGACAAAUUAAGCUACUAAGAAGAGAGAAAGUUAAGAUUAUAAAGAGAAUAAUUGGAAAAGAAUUUCCCUGCUUUUGCAACAAAAACUACAGCAGAGCAUAGAGUUAAUGCAUAUGUGCCCGACGAAAUUGGUAUCCCUAAACCAUACGGAGCACAUGCACCAUUUAAACCUUCCACUUUAGUUAAUUAAUUAAGACACUAUAAGAAACCAGAAAUAAAAGAUAUUGAAAUUUGA